AAUUUUAGCCGGGGUGCGAAUCCUUCCGAGGCAAAUCGAUCGCGACCGCUUCCAGUACGCUUGCAGCAGCAGUUCCCGGGCUUUUGGACGAGUCUCGUCUCUGCUGUGCUCCCCGCGCCGCCCGCCCACACCACCACCACCUGAUUGCCCACCUGCCGCCAUGCGCCGGGGCCGCCCUCUCUGCCGUUCUCGACGUACCCGACGUCCCGAUCUGCAUGCGGUCGAGAACACCAUUCUUGAGCUACGACGGCUGCGGCGAGAGCAAACUCUCCGCUGCCCCAAUUCAGACGCACAAGAAUGCCAGUGCUGUAUCACCACCUCGAGAGGUCACUCGUUCUCAAACACCAUUGCUCUAGCAUUUUGUCCAGUCGGGUGGUGUACUACUUUGGGCCAAGCCGUGAGACCAGUGGCUUCUGCUUGCCUCCUGUUCCGUUGUGCCUCCAGAAGAGACAUGGAUACGGAACCAAAGGAGUUGCAACACAACCAAGGGCAUUCCCGCCGCUGUCAGUUUUCUAGUUGCCGCAUCUGCAGUCGAGGGCGGACCAUUGACGGGCAAGUGGACCCCACCCUCCUGGACUCCCAUCGAGCAAUCAACGCGAGUCAUUAUUGCGCAGUUAUCAACCCCAGGUUUGAUGGUUCCGAGACGCAAAUCUCGAAUGGGCGGUCACCUUGGCCUGCAGGCACCACCUGGGUAAAAGCGCUCCCGAUAAAAGGACGGCACAGCACGGGUUCUGAAGCACCUCAUUGGGGUCGGCCGGGAUUCUGGGUCGAGCGCGUAUCGACCGGCAGGCAGGCUCCCCCGUUUAAUAUCUCUGGCUAAUAUGCGUUUGGACGGGAUUGGACAGCCGUCUGCACGGGAAGCACCCCGACCGGGUUUUGGGAGGCUGAAAUAGCACCACAAGCGUAUCAUCCCGCUCACAUCACACAGGACAGGCACCAGGGCCAAAGCGUUGGAAAUCUUCCGAUCAGCAUUUCCCGCUCCCUGGGUCAUGAGAGGGUCCCUGCCCCUUUGGAUGUGACUGAUUGGGUCCUUCUC